AUGGAAGAAAGACAGACAAUACAAGAAAUAAAUACAAGAUUCACCUCCAUCACAAAUGAGCUACACUACUUAGAAGAGGUGAUUCCAUUGUUUAAAAAAGUGAGGAAGAUCUUUGUUGUUCUUCCCAAGCAAUGGAAAAGAAAAGUAGAUGUUAUAACUGAGGUAAAAAACUUAAAAACCCUCAACGUGGAUGAGUUUACUGGAAUUGUAAAAACUCAUGAGCUCAAGAAGCAACAAGAGCUAGAGAAGAAAGAUUCCAAAAGGGAAAAAUCUCUGGCAUUGAAGGCUUCAAAGUUUGAAUCAAGUGAAGAAGAGACUAAUGUUGACUAUAUGGCAAGCAGAAUCGUUAAAGCAAUGAAAAUGAGUGGUCAAUUCCGAAGAAGAAGCAAGGGAAACAAUGUUGAGGUAUGUCACAAAUGUGAAAUUCCUGAGCAUUUUAUCAAGGACUGUCCAAUGCAUAAAAUGGUUCAUCAGGAUUGCCUUAAGUAUGCGGGUGACAAAGGAAUGAUAAGGUUAUCCUCUGAAGGACUAGGUUCCACUAAUGAAUAUGCAGAUGGAAAUGCAAAACUCCAGGCAAGAAUGGCUAAAUUGAAUGCUGAAGUGAAGAUUUUACCAAACAUUUAG